AUGGCUUCCCAAGAAAACAGGGGUCGGUUCAGUGAGGCCACGGAUGAGAUGAGGAGAGCUGCCACCAGGGAGGAUGGCAGAAGGGCCAGCGCAAGCGAAGGCCAAGAUGCGCCGGCCGAAGACAAAAAGAAGCCGAAUCGACUGGCAGCCGUCAUUACCAAGUUGGGCCUUGAUGCGCCCACUCUCAUCACUAUGUUCAAGGGCUCUCUACCUCCGAUAAUAGGCAUCGCCAUGUUGCAAGCGCGGCCUGUCGCCACUUAUUUCGCCACGCUAGGCUACCUCAUCCCCAUCAUCAGCGUGCUUGCCAUGGUCAUCAUGCCCCGCGGCAAGUUCUUGAUGAACCUCCUGCUCAACGUCCUGGCCGUAUGUGUUGGCUCGGCAGUGUCCAUGCUAGCACUCUGGUCGGCCGUCCAGGCUCGCCACAACACCGCGUCCGUGGGGGCCCAACCUACCGCCGCGCCCUCGUACAACUCAAGCCAGUCCGCUGUUUGUGCCGUCUGGUUAUUUGCCAACAUCUGGUUUGCCAACGUUGUGCGCGCCAAGUUGCCCGCCUUCAACCUCCCAGUCAUCACCUACAGCAUCCUAGUCAACGUCUCGGCAACUUUCGGUCCAAUGAUGCCGACCACUGCCGCCGCACAGUCUUUUGUCCAGCAGCUGAUGACCGCCAUGCUGACCGCUCUCGCCUUAGCCAUGGGUGUAAACCUUUUGGUGUUCCCCGUCAGCAGUAGGCUGGUGGUCUUCAAAGAAGUCGCUGGUGGCAUCGGGCUUCUCAGGAGCUUGAUCUCGCUCCAGAAAGUGUACCUUGCGAGUCUUAAACCGGAUGCCACGUUCGAUGCCGCGAUGCAGACUGAGGUAUUCCUAAGCAAGGGAGACGGCCCCGCUCUCCAAAAUGAGGACGAGCCAAAACUGAGCAAGGAGGCCGAGGCGGCGAAGGCGCUCGAGGAAACAGGUGCCAAAUUGAGGGAGCUCGCAGGCAAAAUGCAUGCCGACUUGCCCUUUGCUAAGCGUGAUGUUGCGUGGGGGAAACUGAACGCCAAAGACCUAAGCGAGCUGGUCAAGUUGUUCCGCAAUGUUUAUAUUCCUGUACUUGGGAUGAACACCAUCAUUGACAUUUUUAAGCGUUUUUCCGAACGUCCAGACUGGGAAAGCACCGAGGAUGCUCCCAAUGAGAAGGACGUAGAGAAACACGUUUGGAAAGAGGUCAUGAAACAAGUGCAAGAGCCAUUCGAUAUCCUCUCCGAGGCGGUUGACCAAGGGCUCCAGCACGCCGCAUUGUGCCUAGAACUGACCCCCAGGCCGAAAAAGGCCCUCAACAAACCGGCAAAACCAGGAUUCGGCCCUUCGGAUAUUGACCUCGAAGCAGGGCAGGAACCGAAACCCGGUGACCCCGGUUUUGCCCUGGUCCUUGACAAUAAAAUCCAGGCCUUUUACUCAAGGAAGGGGGAGUUGUUGAAGAAAUGGGUUCAGGAGAGGGGCAUCGACCUUGACGAAGGAACAACCGCUCCAUCCCACUUCAGAAGCGAACGAGACCAAGUGCAACUCUACAUUAUCCUCUACAUGGAAAACCUCAUGCAUGCCUCGGGCGAGGCCGUCCAGGAUCUCGUGGACUUUGCCGACGAGAAGGUUGAAAAUGGCACCAUGUCCAAGAAACGCCUCAUUGCACCCACCGUCCACCGCUUGCGCAAGUGGUUCAAAGCCGUCUUCAGCAACGAGGACUCGUCGGCCGAGCAGACGCCUGAUGUUAUGGAAACCGGCGCCAACCUCGUCCACUUCGGAAACGCCUACAAUCGCAAAAAGGAUCCCGAGCACAUGCCUCCCGAAACACCUUGGGAACAUUUUGGGAAUGGCCUGCGGAAAGCCACCAAUUUCUUCGGCUCUGAAGAGUCCAUAUUCGGCUUUCGUGUUGCUUGCGCCACAAUGACGAUUGGAAUUGUCGCCUUUUUAGAGGAAACCCAGCGCUUUUUCAUGGAGCAGAGGCUCGUGUGGGCUAUGAUCAUCAUAGCAAUCGGGACUUCUGGUCAAUCCGUCUUCGGCUUCCUCUGCAGAGUCGGGGGGACGGUUCUCGCCAUGUGCCUUUCCCUCAUCAUCUGGUAUAUUGUGAAUGAACGGAUACCUGGCGUGAUCGUCUUCCUGUGGCUUUCCAUCUUCAUCAACUACUACUUCUUCAUCAAGUUCCCACGGUUCCUCCCCGCCGUCUUGAUGACCAUUGUCACACAGGUUCUCAUCAUAGGCUACGAGCUUCAGGUGCUCACCAUUGGCAUAGCAGCCUCGGAGCGGUCAGGCCAGCCAUUCUAUCCUACCACGCUUAAAUCGAAUGUCCAUGGCACCGCAGGCGACGUCAACACUCCGGGAUCACCGGCGCACCAACUCUUCAAGGUCGGACGCAAGAUUUUCGGCAAGGUCAUGAUGUUGGUCCCCUCCAUGUCGCAGCACUCGGAGUGGCAGAAGUGGGAGCCCACCAUCGGCGGCAGGUUCCCACGCGAAGCCUACGACAACAUCAUUAUGCGAAGCACCCGCAUCCUGGCCUACCUAACACUGACAAGUUACACCCUGAUGCACCCCACCCGCGUGCGCCUGAGCGACCGAAGCGGCGAGCAACAGCACGAUGAGCGCCGCCCUCGACGCUCCCACCUGCGGGGCGGCUCGCAGUCGCUGCACUCGCGCUCGCGCCACCCGUCCGCGUCGACCACCAACCGCGAGUGGAUGGCCGCGCUGGCCGACGUGCUCGACAUCCUCAAGCCCACCCACCACACCAUCCUCUCCACCAUGACCCUGCUGUCCAAUGCCCUCCUCUCGGGCCAGAGCCUGCCCCCCUUCCUGCCCCUCCCGCGGCCCUACGAGAUGACGCGCGACCUGAUGCGCAUGCGCCUAGCCGCCGCCGCCGCUUCUGCCUCUGUGCCGACGAUCGCGGUUGAAGAUGACGUUGGCGAUGGCGCACCGAUUAGGAUGGUCGACUCCCGCACGGGACUGGAUGAUUUCAUCAGUAGGAGCAAGAGCCAUCCUGGGGUCGGCCGGCGGGACCAUGCGGUGGCAAACAUACUGGAUCCGCGGAACGUUGAGCAACCGGGGUAUGCUGAGUUUGCGGUGCUCCAGGUCUGCACCACGUUGGUGUGUGAUGAUUUGGAAGGGUUGGUGCGGGCGGUGAGUGGGCUGGUUGGCGUGGUGGAUUUCAGUUUCAGCUUUGACGGGAGUGAAUCGAGUUUGGAUUUUGGGAGGGCGGCGGGGAAAAAGAAGGUUCAUUAA